AUGUACCACUUUAUAUCAGAACAGAUGCCGGAGCUUCGGCUAUCGCCGGAUGCUCUAGUGACCAGCCAUGUGACACAGUACCUGAAGAGCUUCCAGCUGGAAGCGGUUAAAUUUCUACAUGAACACCUCAGUAAGCGAGAAUUCUGUAUUCUGAAUGAUGAAAGUGGCCUGGGAAAACAGGCUACCGUGGCGGCGCUGCUUAGUGCCCUAGCUCCAGAGAAGAAAGUCUUGCUAGUGCUUCAGAACGAUGACCACCUUCUGGCCGGCUGGCAAUUUCAUCUGGACACACUAACCGAUCUGGCUGUACACACAAUCCAGGAUGUGCAAGACACCACAGACACACCGCACAGCGUAUAUCUUGCCAAGUGGAGCCAACUGCGUAGCAUUGGAGAUCUUAGCCGACUGAAGUUCGACUACAUUUUUGUGGACAAUCGCGGUCACUCAUUAAACAACAGCUUCUGCACCUCCAUGCUUUUAAAGCAUUAUGAGGGUCGUGUAAACAUGGUUAUCUCAAGUGUUGACAUUACGUCGGAUGUCAAGUUGCUGUUCAAUAUUUUGCGCUUGGGCGGACGUCUGGAGCAUCAGUAUCGGAACUUCCAGAGCUUCAACCGAAAGUUCCAUCUUCCCGACCCGAAAGAAGUGUUUAAAAAGUGCGUUGAUCUCGAGGAGUACUACAAGCAGCGGGGAUUCCUCAGCGACUACAUAAAGGAUUUUCGUCUUCGCCGUUUUCGUCACCAGUUCGAUACGACCCUGCCUCUCGUCACAGUGGAACAAUACAAGACCAAUUUGAACCUUUGGCUGGCUUCGAAGAAUAGCCAGAGCACACUGAGCGGCUCCUCAGAUGUUUGCUCCACGCUCGCAUCUUUAGAAAACAAUAUCCCUCAGCCAAACGAAGAAUCAGAUAAGGUAUCCGAGCAUAGUGAUGAAAUUGUGGCUAUGUCGCCACUUAGAUUCGAAACAUCCGACUCUGAGGUUGAACCGAUAGUUUUGGAGCCUUCCCCCGAGGCCCAACAAGUCUUGGUGGUCUCCAGCGACGAUUGUGAAAUUGUUAUUUCCACAAAGGUCACUCCAACCGCGAAUAUAUCUCCCAGAUUAACACCUAAGCGGAAGAAGAAAAUGCCACAAAAGAGAAAAAUGCAGAUCGCGGACUCGUCGUCAUCGGAGGACGAGAAGGAUGACAAUGAAGACAAGGUGGACGACAGUCCAAAGCCAUUGACACCUCCAAAAAAAUUAGCCACACCGAAAAAAUCAAUGAAGCUAAACAUCCGACUCAAGAGGAUGGAAGUAAAAGUGACUCCUCCCAAUAAAGAAACGGCUACCGCAUUCGCAACCCCGAAGACAGAACCAUCGGUUACAAGGGCGAAGCCGAAAAGCAGCAAGCAUAGCUAUACUAGUCCAGUUGAUCGUCCUGCCACACGUGGCAUGCAACGUUUGACCAGAUCAGCCGAAUCCAAGCUCAACAGCAAGUACGUGAAACACCACAGGCUGGAGGAUACUAAGAGAAACACUCCAAGGCGGAUCAAGGUCGAGGCAACCCAAACACCCAAGACAAGCAAGACCAGAGUGAAGAAGGAGAUCAAGGAAAAGCCAACUAAGGAGCCAGCUACGGAAGAUGUAGAAAAACCAGACGCCCCACCGGCUAUUGAAACUCCGAAAAGGAAAAGGGGGCGCCCCAAAGCCCCAACCACCAAACCAGAAAUCAAACAUGUAACACCUACUCCUCAAAUCCUAAGCGGCAGUUCACUGUCUUCCGAAUUCAUGCAAUGUGCUCAGCGCUUUCCUGACAAUCUGGACAUGUUAGAAGUUCCCACCUUUCGAGUACCCUUAACCCCUCAACAGACUCCGAUGAUUUUGAGACUUCCUUCGGCUAACCUAUUGAGUGAUUCGGAAGUAAUUGAUGUUCCGCUAGGAAAUCAACCAGGAGAGACUGUGGUCAUAUCCAGCUCUCUGGAUGAAAGUUCGCAAAACUGUCCUUCGGAGAGCCGCCGCACAAAGGCAUUAAAGCGCAAAAGAAAACCGGAGCCAUCGCCACCGACGUCUAGUUUUUCUGUAGGUCUGCCGCCUCCGAAGAGGAAAUCCAACAAGUCUCCGGAUAUAUUCAGCAUUACAUCGGAUAUGUCGCAGAUUCCCUUGGCUCAACCACCUCCCGCAUCAACCCCCUUUGAAGGAUUCAAGAUCUUUGGCUCUGAAGUGAAACAAUUUCAACAGCAACACGCUAAAACAAGUGCAGCUCCUCCGAAGAAGAAAAGAGACCGAUCCUGCCUAGAUAUCCUUGAGAAAAUGUUUGAGCCACGCCAGCAAACGCAGCUGGAACAAUCGACGCCCAAAGUCUUGCCCACACUGCCACAGACACAGAAGCAGAGCAAUGGACCCACUGUAACCCAGAGAAGGCAAACAUUGCUCGAGGAGGACUUCUUCGAGAUCACCAACAAUGGAGAGUUUGGCAGUCGCAUGCGAUUGAACUCUUCCGGCGAUGUUUCGCCCGUUCAGACAGAGCAGCAGAGUGUCAAGCCAAUCCAGGCAAAUAAAAUUACAAAAUACCUGAUCGGUUCAGGUAUUGCCCAGGAAAGAACCCAACCAAAUCGCAGUACUACCUCCGCAUCGCAAGCUGUACGCAAGUCACCCAAAUCCCCAAAACAAGGAGGAAAAAUCUCGCAGGCCACCAAGCUAACUCGCUGGUUUGGCACUGUCUUCGGUGGGACUUCACAGACCAGUUCUGUGGAAUCAGUUAGCGCUCCCAGUACUCCGGUAGCUCCAUCCACAAGCGAAGCAGCUUGCCGAGCGCGAUCGUCAAGAAGUGGGGGACCAUCGGGGCCCACUAGAAGAAAGCGAUUGGAUCUUUUUAAAUGACAUGGAAUGUUUUAA